UUGUUUUCAUAUUUGCUGUUGUAUCCUCUUCGAGUAUGUACCUGCGCCGAGUUGGUGAUUACCUCCGCAUAUUCCUCUGCCCUCCAACCGCAGUCUGCUCUGGUUCUCCCUCUGCCAGCCGCCAAUCUCCACUUUAACCGCAGCCUGCUCCAAACCUCCCCUUUCUAGUCGCCAGUUCCUCUCCAACCGCCGCCUGCUCUAGAUCUCCCCCUUCCACCCUCUAGACUCCCUUCCAACCGCUGCCUGCUCCAAACCCUCCCCUUUCCAGCCGCCAGUUUCCCCUCCAACUGCAGCCUGCUCCAAACCAUUCCCAUCCAACCACAAACUUUUCCCUUCCAAUCACCCGUGAACCUUCCCUAGCCCUACAAUCACCUGCUUUCUCCCAUCCUGCACCACCCGAUGUGUACCAUCCUGGUCUCCCGCUAACCACUUGGAUCACUCCCGCUUGCCCCACGACUCCAAACCAUCUCGCCGCCGCUGUUCCACUUACUGUCCUGCCUCACCCUAGCAGGAUAUUUGUGUUGUCUGGCGCUUUGUUUCUGUUUCGAGGUCUAUCUUGUUGCUGUUGGUCUUUUUCAUUAUACUGAGAGAAUUUCUUGUGAAACCAAAAAAAAAAAAAAGAAAGAAAAAACAAGUUUUUAAUCAUGGAUGCUGAAAUUGGUUUAGAUGCUUCUCAACCUGAAUCAUUCAGUGAUGUCAAAUCUUUUUUUGAAUCUGCUCCACCUCUGAAAAAUAGUGACAGUAUCACUCAGAAAGUGAAAGAAUUUAUUCAUCAAAAUUCUCAAAUUUCAGGAAAUACCAAAAGUGUUGGGGUUGUUUGUGUGACUUCUGGAGGCACAACUGUUCCCUUGGAGCAACGAUGUGUGCGCUACAUUGAUAAUUUCAGUUCAGGUCACAGAGGGGCUACAUCUACUGAGUACUUUGUGAAAUCUGGAUAUGCUGUUAUUUUUGUCCAUAGGAGAGGAAGUUGUCAACCUUAUUGUAGAUACCUUCCCGAAGAUUCAUUUCUUGAGUUCUUUGAAAUUUCGAAUGAUUCAGAAAUUCAAGUGUGCCGUCCACAUGCUCCGGCGGUGAAGAAGGCAAUUAAGGAGUACCAUUCGGCUGUGAAUGGAGGCCUUCUGCUGAAACUACCUUUCACCACCAUAUUCGAAUAUCUACAGAUAAUAGAAGUGGUGGCCACGUCAAUGAGCUGUCUAGGACCACGUGGAAUGUUUUAUCUUGCUGCUGCAGUAUCAGACUUUUAUGUUCCAUGGGAAAGUAUGGCAAAACAUAAGAUCCAAUCAACAGCUGGUCCUCUUGAUAUGCGUCUUACACAAGUGCCAAAAAUGCUUCGUAUUUUGAGGAUAGAGUGGGCUCCUUCUGCUUUCUGUGUAUCAUUCAAGUUGGAGACAGAUCCGGAUAUCCUGCUCCAAAAAGCUGAAUCUGCGCUAAGCAAGUAUCAGAUGCAUGUUGUCGUGGCUAACGAGCUCGCAACAUACAAAAGGGAGGUUAUUCUAGUGACCGUCGGUGGGAAAGUUAGCAUUCGCAAACAGAGCGAGGAUGCCGACGUCGAGGACGAGCUUAUCAAACUCCUGGUGGAGAAACACAGCGAGUAUAUUGAAUCCUGUAGAAUGGGAUGAAAUUAUCAACCACCACAGAUGAUCUGAUAAAGCAGUUUCAAAAUAUUGGGAGUUGAGAUUCUAUUACGGUUUCAAGCUUGCAUGCAGUCAUUUUGGACAAUUAGGUGGAAGAUGGAAAUCAGUUCUGCUUAAAAUUUUCAUAGUGGUUCUUUCUCAAAUAUGUCUGAAAUUAGUGAUUAGAGUGUGUUCUGAACUUGAUCUUUUAACUAAAAGAGCAAACUCUCUACCAACUGCAGAAAUUGUGCACAUAACUUCAUCCAUUGUUAGCUGCUGAAAACAUAUGCCUGCAUAACUUUGUUCUUCAAAUUGUCUAUCAUUAGCAUUUGCAAAUUUCUCAGUUUAAUCUGACAAAUCAAAUGGACUAAUAAUUGAGACGACCAUUAGGGAUGAAAAAUCUAUUGAUUUUCACUUUAGGCCUGUAAUAUCUUUAGCUUUUGUUCAAUAACAUUUCUAAUUUUGUUUCAAUCAUAUGUGAAUGUGAUGUGAGAUUACUUUGAGUGAGGUGCAAGUAAGAUGUGGAUAA